UGGUAAAAUACACAAUGCAAAACAUUAUACCUGCAUUAUAAACCACUUACAAAAAAAGUGUAUUUAUCAUUAAUCCUUCAAGAACCAGUUCUUCCACAAAAAUUGUAUUUAUUUAUUCUCGUGCUGGUUGUCACACUCGAGCUAAAUCACUUGCGAUCAAUAAAUUUAAAUUUGGCAGUGAGAAAUGUGUUUUAAACUAUUCGUACUUUGUUUAGUCAAAACUACCGUUCUAAUAAAACUAACAGAAGCGAUACCAGAAAUCAAUAAAGACUAUGACCUGAUGCCACAACUCUUCAAAUUUGACGAUUUUUACCAGUGCUUGUACCGUCAAGAAGACACUUCUUAUUGUCUAGUUUCCAUAAAGCUAAAUCCGGAAAAUCCGGCAAAUACGACUAAAGUUUGGAACGUUAUCAAGGAUGUUAGCUCAAACACAGACAACUACCGGCACGAUCUACUCAGACACGGACUCUGUCUUCCGAACCACUGCGAACACUGUAGUGCGAAUUUCUCCCAAAGAGUGGAACAAAUCUACGACGAAAAAUUCAAAAAUCUGGGACUGGUGACUACCGUGGACAAAAUUCGUUGUGAAACGAAAAAUUCGGACUACGUGGUUGGAAAACUGGACUAUAUUUUAGCUAUAUUAGCGGCUUCAGGUUUCGUCUUCGUAGUUACACUAUCGUUCGCUUUGGAACUCUUCAAGUACCAAUCGUCAGAAAAAUAUGACACUUUUUCAAAAACAGGGGUUGGUCACAUUCUCACUUGUUUUUCCGUCUCCCAAAACUGGAAAAUUCUGACCAAAAUAAACCCCAAGGACUACAAGUCGGAUUUUGUGCCGUCUAUGCAAGGAGUUCGGUUCAUAUGUUCAGUGUGGAUUAUAUAUGUUCACACAGCCAUCGUGACUUUAGCUAUUCCACUUGCCAAUCCAGAAUACACAGAAGAGGCUGUCCACAGGGUUCUAACGAGUUACCAUUCCAACGGCGGUGUUCUUGUCCAAAUAUUCUUCGUCCUGUCUUCGUGGUUACUGGUUGUCAGUAUUUUAGAAAAGUUGCAAAAGUCCAAGAAAAUCACCUUUGGGUACUUGUUGGUUUACAUUUUUGGCAAGUAUUUUCGAUUAAUUCCACUGCUGGCUCUGGUUGUUGGUUUACAUAGCACGUGGCUGGUGCACUACUCCCGAGGUCCCUUCUGGGACGACCUAGUCGGAGAAGAGUACAGAAUAUGCAGGCAAAAGUGGUGGUUGAAUCUACUCUUCAUCAACAACUUCUUCACUUCUGAUGGACUGUGUUUGAUACAGUCGUGGUACAUGGCAGCGGAGUUUCAGCUCUUCGUACUAGGCUCCAUUAUUUUGUGGUUAAUACAAAGCAAACCCCGAAGAAUACUCAUAAUUUGUGGGGCGAUAAAUCUGAUUUUUAUAGUUGGACUUUUUUGCUACUUGUUUUGGAGAAAUUUGGAAGUCGGGUUUAAGUUUACGCCAGAGGCGAUGUAUAACUUAAGUCUAUCGUCCAACUACGAGUGGAAUUUCUCGUGGACUUCCACAAUUAUGAGUGUUCCAGGUUUUGCUGUGGGUAUGUGUUUUGGGUACGUUUUUUGGAAAUACAAAGAGGAAAAAAUUUUCACAAAGAAGAGUCAUAUUCUAACAGUGUGGAUAUUGUGUCUAGCUCUGGUACCACUUUCAGUUUUUACUUAUACGUUCUAUGUAUAUAGUGGCUACUACUCCAACAGUAGGUGGUUUGCAUCCAUCUAUGGAAGUGUAUACAAAACGAUUUUUUCGUGUGGAAUAGGGUUAAUGCUGUUCGGUAUGUCCCAAGGACUUGGAGGUUUCUUGAAGAAAGUUUUUGAAUAUCCUCUUUUCCACGUUAUGGCCCAGCUUUCUUAUGGUGCUUUUGUUGUACAUUUUUCCAUAGCGAGAGUCAACGCCGGUCUUAAAAUGUACCCGCCCUUGAUGGCUGACUAUGUUAUGUUCGGAGACAUAAUUGUUACGGUGUCACUCUCCUAUCUGGUAUCCCUGUUUCUAACUAUAUUUGUUCAAAUGCCAUUUACCAUAAUGUCGAAGAAAAUGAUGUUUAUGUUAAAGUAAUCAUGUUAUGAGGAAUAUAAAAUUUGUGUUAAAUUAUAACCCGUCAUCGUUUUAUUAAAAACAACUUCUUUUAAC